AUGGCAAUGCUCUUUAAAUUGCACGUGCCAUGCCAAUAGGAAAAUAUAUCAAAACAAUCACAAUCUGGUCUUAAAGCGGCUCUUGAGGAUUCGAACCACCGUCAUUUAAGGAUACAAUCAACCAAGAUGGAUAACGACGAAAUGGACCUAGAGUAUGUUGAAGCGGAAGAUGACGAUGACGCGGGUGCGGAGGGUAUGGAGAGCGAAAAUGAAGAUGGAACAACGACUACUAGCAAAUCAAAAGAGGUGUACUUACCAGGAAAACCAUUAGAAGAAGGUGAGGAACUCGUAUGUGACGAGUCCGCCUACAUCAUGCUACAUCAAGCCUCCACUGGAGCGCCGUGUCUCAGUUUUGACGUCGUACCCGACGAAUUAGGCGAUGGACGUGAGAAUUUCCCCUUAACCGCUUAUAUGGUAGCCGGAACACAAGCAGCACGUACACACGUCAACAAUCUCAUUGUGAUGAAAAUGCAUAAUCUGCAUAAAACACAAGAAACUGAAGAGGAUGACGAAGAUGAAGAUGAACUGGAAGAUGAUCAAGAUGAUGUUGCUGAUGCGGAUGAGCGAAAGAAACCCCAAAUGACGUGUGCGCUAAUCAAACAUCAGGGUUGCGUGAAUCGCGUGCGUGCUCGGCGUUUGGGUGACACUGUGUUUGCGGCAACAUGGAGUGAGCUGGGACGUGUAAAUAUUUGGAACUUAUCGAAACAACUGCAAGCAGUUGAAGAUGCACAGUUGCUAAAACAAUACGAACGUGAGGUAGCGAAUGAAGCAGUACGACCGGCAUACACAUUCAGCGGUCAUCAACAAGAAGGCUUUGCCAUCGAUUGGAGUGCAUGUGCGGAAGGUGUGCUUGCUACGGGAGACUGCAAACGUGACAUACACAUUUGGUCUCCUCUGGAAGGAGGUAGUUGGAAAGUAGAUCAACGCCCACUAGUAGGUCAUACUGCAUCCGUGGAAGAUUUGCAAUGGAGCCCCAACGAAGCGAGUGUGUUGGCUUCCUGUUCUGUUGAUAAGACGAUACGAAUCUGGGAUUGUCGUGCGCCACCACAAAAGGCGUGCAUGUUGACAUGUGAAGAGGCGCACCAAAGCGACAUUAACGUCAUAUCAUGGAAUCGCACAGAACCGUUUAUAGUUAGCGGAGGUGAUGAUGGUUUCCUACAUGUUUGGGAUUUGAGGCAAUUCCAAACGAAAAAGCCCAUUGCAACAUUCAAGCACCACACCGAUCAUAUAACAACAUUGGAAUGGAACCCUAACGAUGCCACAGUGUUUGCAUCAGGUGGUGAUGACGACCAAAUUGCUUUAUGGGACUUAGCGGUUGAAAAGGAUGUCGAUCAAGAACCCUCACCUAAUGCCACAGAGCAAACAGAAAGUGAAGACGACAUUAAUAAACUUCCACCACAAUUGCUAUUCAUACAUCAAGGACAAAAGGAAAUAAAAGAAUUGCAUUGGCAUCCGCAGUUGCCAGGGGUUAUAUUGUCGACAGCACACAGCGGUUUCAAUAUUUUUAGAACGAUCAGCGUUUGAAAAUAAAACGAGUAAAUUUUUAAAACUUAAAAA